GUCGAAAGGAGCGCAAAUUAUAAAUAAAAAAAACGUAAAAUUUAGAUUAUCUCGUGAGUAAGUGUAACAGCUGGAGCGAUAUGGAUGAUGAAGAGGAAACAUACAGGCUGUGGAAGAUUCGCAAAACCAUCAUGCAGCUGUGCCAUGACAGAGGCUACCUGGUGACACAGGACGAGUUGGACCAGACUCUGGACGAGUUCAAGAGUCAGUUUGGGGACAAGCCCAGCGAGGGUCGACCCAGACGCACAGACCUCACUGUGCUGGUGGCACACAACGAUGACCCCACAGACCAGAUGUUCGUUUUCUUUCCUGAGGAGCCCAAGGUAGGAAUCAAGACGAUUAAGAUGUACUGUCAGAGGAUGCAGGAGGAGAACAUCACACGAGCCAUCAUUGUUGUUCAGAUGGGCAUGACACCAUCAGCCAAGCAGUCUCUCGUUGACAUGGCGCCCAAAUACAUAUUGGAACAGUUUCUACAGCAGGAGCUGCUGAUUAACAUCACAGAGCAUGAGCUCGUUCCUGAGCACAUUGUCAUGACAAAAGAGGAAGUGACUGAACUUCUGGCACGAUAUAAAUUAAAGGAAAGUCAGCUGCCGAGGAUCCAGGCUGGGGACCCUGUGGCCCGCUACUUUGGCUUGAAAAGAGGACAGGUAGUAAAGAUCAUCAGACCUAGUGAAACAGCUGGGAGGUACAUCACAUACAGACUGGUGCAGUGACAGACAGGUGUUCUUCUGCAUCUGCGUUUAGGACCAGUGAAGGAAACCGACAACGUUGUAGCUUUCUUUACUCAUCCAUCGAUUGUUCUUCUGCUUUUGAUUUGUGUUGUUUAAACUGUUUUUAUAUUUACUGACUUAAAAAAAGUAAAAAAAAAAAUUAAAUUAAAUCAUG